UUUCCAUUUGCUAAUAAGGCCCUGCCAGGCUGGGAGGGAGUUGUCCCUGCGUGACUCUGGAAAGGGAAGCCACUGAGACGAUCCACAGGCACCAUGGAACUGCUUCAAGUGACCAUUCCUUUUCUUCUUCUGUCUAGUUUUUGCAGUAGUGAAACCAACCCAGGUGUUACAAACACAUUUUCUGUAUCACCAUCAUCUAUUCCUACAACAAAAACCUUUGUAACAACACCAAACACAACAUCAUUACCAAUUCUUGUUACCAAAGCAACGUCUGAAACAUCUCCUAAAGGAACAGCCAACAGCAAAUUAUUAGAAACAUCUCUAACGCCAACAACUCCUGCGUUAACAACUGCUAAAGGUGAAGAAUUAGGAACCAAAACCAAUGGAGUCAUGAAGAAUGAGUCCAUCACUACAAAUACAACAGUGACAAAUCUUCCACCUCCAAAUGCUGUUUCAACAAUCCAAAGUCCCCAGAACAAGACUGAGAAUCAGAGUUCGAUCAACACAACAAAAAGACUAGUUAACACUCUACAACCAGAUGCAUCACUUACUACAUCCAGUACGUUACCCUCCAUAUCAGUAACAGUUCCAGAAAACAACUCAAAGUCUCAAGGCACUGAGGUCGGAAAAAAUGCCAGCUCUUCAGCAACUAGCUCCUCUUAUUCCAGUGUUAUGUUGCCUGUGGUUAUUGCUUUGAUUGCAAUAACACUUUCAGUAUUUGUUCUGGUGGGUUUGUAUCGAAUGUGCUGGAAGACAGACCCAGGCAUGCCGGAAAAUGGAAAUGAUCAACCUCAGUCCGAUAAAGAGGGUGUGAAGCUUCUCACUGUUAAGACAAUUUCUCACGAGUCUGGUGAGCAUUCUGUGCAAGGAAAAAAAAAGAACUGACAGCUUGGUGAAUCCUCACCACACCUGGGCAAUAAAUAUGCUUAAUCUUCAGCCUCUACACUCCAGAGAUAAAAAAGGAGAAAGUCCUGCAGAACCACCUGACUUCCAGUCCUGCUCGCUAGUCUGUAUCGGUUGCCUAUUCCAAUCAAGUGACAUCCAAAUGACAUACAAUAAUUUAAUAGAAUCAAGAAGAAUUGGGACCUCCCCUGUCCUUUGCGACCCAAACACGCACAUUAGUCCAGUUUAUAGGAAGAUUUCUAGGAGAGCAGCUUUUAGGAGGGGUGUUUAUGAAUAGUACUCCUGACAACCCAGGCAGGUGGGCUCACUGACAGCAUGCAUUUCCCUGGAGUUUAAAGUUUCCGGGACCAACAACUGUUAUCCAUGGAAACUUUCCUACUUUCUUUUUGUUCUUAUGUUACCUAAUGUUUGUAUUUAUUGUUUUCCACUAUGUUAUUCCAGGAAAAAUUUGCAAGUGUAUUAUUAAAUAUUAGGUAGAAAUCGUACCAUGCCACUUUGUACAUACAGAUCUUUUAUUCAUAUAUUCUUGUGUUACUUUUAAUAAAUAAUUACUGUACUCAAUACACUAAAAUAUCAUAACAGGACUGUAAAAAUAGCCAUGGCAUUAUCUUUCUAUAAUUACGGAUUUUUUUGGAUUGAUUAUUAGAAUAUGAGUACUCACUGAUGAAAGGCAUCUGUAAUAAAUGAGAAAGGGACAAAGGAUUCUCGUAUCAGACCCUGUUAGGGGGAUGGAAAUUUGCCAUUUCUUUAGUCUUUCUAUUUGUAAUUCACACUAUGUAACAAGGAGGUGAGGGCACUUAUGACACUCUGUACUGCAUUCAUUAAGAUAAUAGGAUCAAGAUUUUUCAUUAAUCCAUUUGGUUGAUACCGUCUCUGUGUAUUUUUUCUUUCUUUUGGAAAUGUAAUACUUUGUUCCAGUAAUCAUUGCUAAAUCUCCGGUUUGUAGAAAGCCAAUACUUCAUAAAUACAUAAUUGUGAUAUUAUUUUUCAGUGUAUCACUUUCCUAAAAAUACCAUAUGAUUACAACUGCCACUCUAUCAGGAGCAAAUUCUUCUGUUGAAAGUUGACUGCUCAAUCUUGACCACUUCCUUGACA